CCGCCGCUUGUUUGUUUCCCAAGAAAAUUUCUCCGCUCCAUUAUCCGUACUUCCUUAUAAAUCCACCAUAUCCUUCCACUCCAACAAAACUCAUAAGAACUGCAAUAAUUUAACCUCCCUCAAAAGAGGAGAAGAAUCAGAUGGAUGUAAUCGGCAAAAAACCGCCGAAGAGAACCAAGAAAUCGGCCGCCGGUUUCAAAGUCGUGUACAUUUCGAGUCCGAUGAAGGUGAAAACCAGCGCCUCGAAGUUUAGAUCUCUCGUCCAGAAACUCACCGGCCAGGACUCCGACGCCGAGAGUUUCAUGGAACUCAUCGCAGGAGAUCGGAACUUUCAAUCGUCCGCGUUCCUCGAUUACCAAAUCCUCGGCGAUGACAAUCUAAUUGAUCGCGACCAUCGUCUUGUGGCGGGAAAGAUCGAAACGGCGGCGUAUCAAUCGUUGGUUGCUCCGCCGGAAGAUGAUUUUGUUCUGCAGAACUUCGAUGCGAGUUUUGAAGAAAUGCUCCAUGGAUUUUUUGCAUGAGUCUUCUACAGACUGAGAUGCCAGGUUUAAGUGCACUACUGUAGAUUCGUCGUACCCUAUAAUUUCUCCCAUUUUAUUAUUUAUUUUUUAUUUUAACUCAAUAAUAAGACGUGGAUUUGUAUGGAUCGUUGAUUCGUUAUCACAUUUUUUUGUUGUUGAUAAUAAAAUUUGAGAAUUAUUCGA